AGGGUUACAGUCCAUUUAUGGGAGCAGCCGAGGGCAGAUAUCAGUGUCGAUGGCAUUCGUUCCCAGCUAUUCUUAGGAGCCUCUCAGGAGCUCCACCAGCCUGGCCAGACAGCAAGGGACAGAGCAGAGACUGCCGCUGUCAGCACCAGCAUGUCUUACAGCGUGACCCUGACCGGGCCCGGGCCCUGGGGCUUUCGUCUCCAGGGAGGCAAGGACUUCAACAUGCCUCUCACUAUCUCCCGGAUCACACCGGGGAGCAAGGCCGCCCAGUCCCAGCUCAGCCAGGGUGACCUCGUGGUGGCCAUCGAUGGAGUCAACACAGACACCAUGACCCACCUGGAAGCUCAGAACAAGAUCAAGUCUGCUAGCUACAACCUGAGUCUCACGCUGCAGAAGUCAAAACGCCCCAUCCCCAUCUCCACAACAGCACCCCCGGUCCAGUCCCCUCUGCCGGUGAUCCCCCACCAGAAGGACCCCGCUCGGGACACGAACGGCAGCCCAGCGGCACUCAGCCCCAACCCUGAGGCGAGGGCGAGUCUGGGCACCCCAGGCACCCCGGAGCUCAGGCACACCUUUAGCUCCUUCUCCCAGACCUCCGUCUUCUCCUCACACACGGAGGCCUCUGAGCCCGGCCCUCCGCGGGGCAGCCCAGGGGCCAAAACCAGCCUGGAGGGAGCCCUGGACUCACUCAGCCCGAAAGCCCUGCAGGGCUCAAGCCAGCCAAGGCAGUAUAACAACCCCAUUGGCCUGUACUCAGCAGAGACCCUGAGGGAGAUGGCUCAGAUGUAUCAGAUGAGCCUCCGAGGGAAGGCCUCAGGUGCUGGACUCCCAGGAGGGAGCCUUCCUAUUAAAGACCUUGCCGUGGACAGCGCCUCCCCCGUGUACCAGGCUGUGAUUAAGAACCAGAACAAGCCGGAAGACGAGGCUGAGGAGUGGGCCCGACGCUCCUCCAACCUGCAGUCUCGCUCUUUCCGCAUCUUGGCCCAGAUGACUGGGACAGAAUACAUGCAAGACCCUGAUGAAGAAGCUUUACGACGGUCAAGCACCCCUAUUGCGCAUGCUCCAGUGUGUACCAGCCAGGCCGCCACCCCGCUGCUGCCCGCUUCCGCCCAGCCGCCUGCUGCUGCCCCUCCCGGGGCCGCCUCGCCACCCCUGAGUGCAGCCACUGCCCAUGCUGCCACCGCCUCUGCCACAGCCCUUGCCUCAAGCCCUGCGGACAGUCCAAGGCCCCAGGCCUCUGCCUACAGUCCCGCCAAGGCGACCUCUCCAGCACCUGCCACUCAUACAUACAAUGAGGCCUCAGCUGCCCCUGCGCCCAAGCCCCGGGUUGUCACCACCGCCAGCAUCCGGCCUUCUGUCUACCAGCCAGUGCCGGUGUCCACGUACAGCCCAUCCCCAGGGGCCAAUUAUAGUCCAGCCCCCUACACCCCCUCGCCUGCCCCCACCUACUCCCCUUCCCCGGCUCCAAGCUACACCCCCUCACCAGCCCCAAGCUAUAACCCUGCCCCCUCAGCGGCCUACAGCGGGGGCCCUGUGGAGUCUGCCAGCCGUCCCCCAUGGGUGUCAGAUGACAGCUUCUCUCAGAAGUUUGCCCCUGGCAAGAGUACCACCUCCAUCAGCAAGCAAACCCUGCCCCGAGGGACCCCUGCCUACACCCCUGCGGGGCCCCAAGCGUCUCCCCUGGCCAGGGGCAUCGUUCAGCGGGCUGAGCGUUUCCCAGCCAGCAGCCGGACUCCGCUCUGUGGCCACUGUAAUAACGUCAUCAGGGGCCCCUUCCUGGUAGCCAUGGGCCGUUCCUGGCACCCAGAAGAGUUCAACUGUGCCUACUGCAAGACCUCCCUGGCGGACGUGUGCUUUGUAGAGGAACAAAACAGUGUGUACUGCGAGCGCUGUUACGAGCAGUUCUUUGCCCCAGUCUGUGCCAAGUGCAACACCAAAAUCAUGGGGGAAGUGAUGCAUGCGCUGAAACAGACAUGGCACACCACCUGUUUUGUCUGCGCAGCUUGCAAAAAACCCUUCGGGAACAGCCUCUUCCACAUGGAAGAUGGGGAGCCCUACUGUGAGAAAGACUACGUCAAUCUGUUCAGCACCAAGUGUCAUGGCUGUGAUUUCCCCGUGGAGGCCGGUGACAAGUUUAUUGAAGCCCUGGGACACACCUGGCAUGAUACCUGCUUCAUCUGCGCAGUCUGCCACGUGAAUCUGGAGGGGCAGCCUUUCUACUCCAAGAAGGACAGACCCCUGUGCAAGAAGCACGCACACGCCAUCAACGUGUAGGGAGCCCGGAGCGUCUGAUGCGGACAGGCCGGGAGCCACUCCUGCCGCUGGCAACAAAGGAUUCAAGGAGGCUGAUGUUUCUUUUGGGGGAAAGGGGGAAGACAGGAAGCUACUGAGCCCUUUUGAAGUGUAAUUUUAGUCCUUCCUUCUGCACACAGAUCGUGUAUUUGCAUAGUUCAGACUAGAAGCCAAAUGAAGAUUCCUCAACCAAGCUAGUAAUUAAUCCAAGGCUGGAGUGGUAAUUCAAAUGUUCAGAACAGAAUUCCAAGAACUCCAAAGUGAAAAACAAAAAAAGUCAUGUUCUCGAAGUGACACCCUUCCCUGAGGUCACCAGAGCAGGGACAGAGCUCAGGGUGCUGUUGGAGACUCUGGAGCGUGCUGUGGAGUUCUCUAGAGCUUGUCUGGCAAGCAGACCCAAGUGCCAAACAGUACUCGCUGUGGGGUAUUUUUAGAGCCAUAGCUGAGGGCUUGUUAGCUGAGACCGAUUGGGCUUUCCUCGCCAAAAAAGGAAGUGUUAUUCCGUUACUAGCGUCACGGAGCCACCUCUGCGCAUCAGACUUCAGACCUGGAACAGAGUUGAGCGUUCCGAGGGAGUCCAGGCGUCUAGGAGGUGCCUUCUGGGAGCCGCGGGGCGGUUGACAGGGCUUUAGGAAGGGCUCUGGCUCACGUCUAAGACAUCCUAUGUCCCCAGAAGGUUGAGCUCCUUUUUGAAUUGUGAUGCGAAAGUGGAAUUGGGUUUUUCCAGUUUUGCUUUGCUGUGUGUGAGAGGAGAUUUUAAAGUGACUCUGGGUUGCGUC